UUGCCAAUUACCCUCCCAAGAUUUGGCCAAGGUGGGUAGAGGUUUGGUAGCGCUGCAAGAGAAGAACUUCGGAGAAGUCUUCAGAAGAGGCAAAUAUGAAGAUUGCCAUCGCUUUUUGCACGAUUGCUCUGGUAGCACUAUCAGUAAAUGCUACCGUCUACUUCCAGGAGCAGUUUCUGGAUGGAGACGCCUGGAAGAGUCGCUGGGUGAACUCGGAGCACAAGUCUGACUAUGGCCAGUUCAAACUUACCUCCGGGAACUUCUAUGGAGACGCAGAGAAGGACAAGGGCCUUCAGACCAGCCAGGAUGCCCGCUUCUAUGCAACCUCCGCCAGGUUUGAGCCUUUCAGCAAUGAGGGCAAAACUGUGGUCUUCCAGUUCACGGUGAAGCACGAGCAGAAAAUCGACUGCGGUGGUGGCUACGUGAAAAUUUUCCCCUCGGACCUCGACCAGGCCGCCAUGCACGGAGACUCGCAGUACUACAUCAUGUUCGGCCCUGACAUCUGUGGCUACAGUACGAAGAAGGUUCACGUGAUCUUCAACUACAAAGGCAAGAACCACCUCAUCAAGAAAGAAAUCAAAUGCAAGGAUGAUGAGCUCACCCACCUGUACACCCUGAUCCUGAACCCAGACCAGACGUACGAGGUGAAGAUCGACAACGAGAAGGUGGAGUCCGGCUCUCUGGAGGAGGACUGGGACUUCCUGCCCCCCAAGACGAUCAAGGACCCCGAGGCCAAGAAACCAGAGGACUGGGACGACCGCCCCAAGAUCGACGACGCCGACGACACCAAGCCUGAGGAUUGGGACAAACCCGAGAACAUCCCCGACCCUGAUGCCAAGAAGCCUGAAGACUGGGACGAGGACAUGGAUGGAGAGUGGGAGCCCCCCAUGAUCCCCAAUCCCGAUUACAAGGGAGAGUGGAAACCCAAACAGAUCGACAAUCCCAACUAUAAGGGUGUGUGGGUUCACCCUGAAAUUGACAACCCUGAGUACACCCAGGAUGCCGAGAUCUACAAGUUUGACAGCAUCAGUGUCCUUGGGCUGGACCUGUGGCAGGUGAAAUCUGGCACCAUUUUCGACAACUUCCUGAUCACAGACGAUGUGAAGGAGGCUGAAGAUAUCGGCAAAGACACCUGGGGUGUUACAAAGGGCCCAGAAAAGAAAAUGAAGGAUGAUCAGGAUGAAAAGAAGAGGAAAGAGGAGGACGCAAAAAACAAGGAACAGGACACGGGAGCGGACGAUGACGAUGAUGCGGACGAAGAGGAGGACGAGGAGGAGGGAGACGAGGAUGAUGGCGCCGAUGACGGCACGGAAACGGAAGACAACGACUUGCCAAAGGACAAGGACGAGCUCUGAGUGACUAGACGGACCAUCUUCCGGCACGCGUCCGCUGCGCUCUCGUGGUUGCCAAGGAAACCGCCGAAGUGCAUAGCUUUCCGAUUUGCGUAGUGCCACUGUGGGAUGCGACUACCUCUUGAGUUGCUCCCAUUUUGUACAGGGACUGAGGGAGAGUGGCUCAUAUCAGAUGUGAUAAUUUAAAAUCUAUUUGUUCAAAGUUCUUUUUAAUUUUUUUUUUUUUUUAAGAUGACCCCCCAACCAACCAACCAACCAACCACUACAUGUGUGCACACACAAACUGCAGCCAACAAACAAUUUCAGGUUUACAACCCAUUGAUUGACACAACCCUUUUUUGCCCUGCACAAUAUAGGGCAUCGCAGGACAAUGUGUUGGCUAAUAAAAUGAUAGUAAACCAGUUAGAAUUUGAACAUAAUUUUUCAUUUGUAGGUCUGAAGUGGUUCCUUUCAUGUCUUUCUUUGUGCUGAUUGGGUUUUUUGUUUGUUUUAAUUAGGUUGGGUUUCAUGUCCAUGUAUGUGAAGCACAAACAUUGUUACUGAUUAAACCAUCUACUAAAUAAUAUCUCAAACUAAGAUGAUGGCGUACUUCAACUAUGGAGUGUAGUUGAUAUGAGAUUUCAAUCCAAUGGGAUUGCACUGCGGAUGUUUGGCUGAGCUCCUUUCACUUAAAAUGUCUCAAGUUAUGUCAAAAAACAGUCAUUUUUAUUUAAAUGCAGUUGAGAACGUAUAAUUUCUGGCACUGACAUGUUUCCUAUAGUAUACUGUUUUUCUAAACCCUUUAUUGAAUGAGUUGAGAUUAAAUGUGUUCCAACUUUGUCAACAUGCUGUGUGCAAUGAGAGGCCUUUGCAUGCAGUUUUACAAACUGUGAUCCCACCUUUUAUAUGAGUAGUUUAAACUAUAUCUCAACCUAAUCAAGCUCUGGGAGGAUUUUGUAGUUUUUUUUUUUUUUUUUUUUUAACUUGAUAUCAAUGUUUUAUGUGGGAUUUAUUGUUUUUCCUCCAUUGAAACUGUCCCAAGUCAGUGCAUUCCACGUCAAGUCCAGUGACCACAGUCGGUGACAGUGUGUAGACGAUCCAUGAUAUGGAUUUUGUCUCCUUAACCUUCAUCAGAAUGUCAUAAUUGAUGCCAAAGUUCAAAUAAAAUACAUAAAUAUUG